AUGCAGCUAUCUGGCGCUGAAAUGUUAAGCGUCGACGUCCAGGGAUUCGUCAAGCAAUUGAAGCAAAUUUUUCCAGAUGUGGCACGCGAUACCGGACUCAACUUUUUUACGACAAUGUUGGGCUAUAUAAAACAGCCAGGUGCUACGCCGAAGAGUAAUAUCCCAGGCCUCCAUUAUGUAAAACAGUAUCUCAACAACUACGGUUACUUGCAAGACUCGUACGGCAGUAGUUUCACAGAUGAAAUGGAUCAGAACACCGUUUCCGCCAUCAAACAAUAUCAAAAGUUCUUCCGUCUCCGCGACACCACCGGAAACCUCAACCAAGAGACUCUAGAUCUGAUUUCGCGGUUCCGCUGCGGUGUCCCGGACGGUAACCUCAUCUACUCUCUCUCCCCUACCAACCGUGUGUCGUGGCCUAAUGGGAAAAACUGGUACUCUAACCGCCACAAUCAUCUCACCUACGGUUUUUACCCUCAGUUCCCAGAUGACAUCGCCACCGUGUUUAGAGACUCAUUCAAGCAGUGGUGGUCAGACGCUAUAACGGAGGAGCUAAGCCUAACAUUCAAAGAGACAAGUUACGUCAAUGCAGAUAUCAAGGUUGGACUCCAAAACUUCAACGAGAAGACGGUGGUAGGGGUAAGCCUUAUAGAACUUUGUGUGUCUAACAAUGCUGUUGGGUACAUGCUUUUGGAUGCUAAUAACAAGAACUGGGCACUUCCAAAUGUGGGGUCACUGGGAAGUGGUGGAAUUGACUUGGGUGCUGUGGCCAUGCACCAGAUAGGGCAUCUUAUUGGGCUUUCACACUCCGGUGACAGUGAAUCGGUUAUGUAUCCGUAUAUUUUGCCUGGAAACCAGAGGAAGGCGCAGCUCUCAAACGAUGAUAUACAGCAGAUCAAGCAACUUUCUUCCGCUAAUGGAAAUGGAAACGGAGUUGGGUCCAGUCCUUGGGGAUUGAUUACCACAUUAUUCCUACUUGGAUUUCCAUGCUUGUUCCUCUUGUACUAG